AUGUCUCAAAAUGCCCCCCUCUCAAUGAGCCGCAAGCGCGUCUUCGACUCGGUGUUUGCACCGACGUCGCUGAAAAGCCUCGCGCCUACGACUGGUGCCACCCCCGCGAGCGCGUUUACUCCGGACCAGCCGCUCGGGACGACCACGCAGCCAUCCACUGCUGCUAAUGAGAGCGACGUAAAAAUCGAAGAAUCGUCGCCAGAGCAGAUCAUCUGGGAUCGAGCUUGGCAUGCGGCGACAACGUUUCUAUCUUUUCCAGAUAGGGGGUUUGAAGUGUUAACAACCGGGGAUCCUGAUGGGGCGCAAUCUACUACUUCGCGCUUGGAUUCUUCCAGCCUCCCCUCACGAGAGAUUUCGGAUUCCUUAGCGUAUUUGCUGGCGCCAUCAUCUCGUGGAAGGGCUCUGCGUGCUGGUCUGAAGGAGCAUGAUCUGGUUGAGUGGUACGGGAAUGAAAUGCGCCGGCAUUUUUUGACAAAUUUCAGAGCCGGCUUUGUCCAGCUUCUAGAGGGACCAGCACAAGAUGGGUUGUUGUCCAAGAUCGUUGGGUACCUUCAAUCGGCACAGCGAAUUUACUAUACCCCUUUCUUGAGGUUUGUGGUGCCGCACCUGGAUGCUGCUGACCAGGAGGCCGCUUUUUUGAGGCUUCGACGAAGCUUCCAUGCCAUCGUCGCUUACUCGUUACCCUCUUCUCGAACUUCUGCGCUGCUUGCAACCGAGCUCACAAAUGGAGCCGUUGUGAUUCUGGGCAUUGAAAGCGCAAAGGAAGAGAGAGCGGUCUACUCUGAAGCAGGCGACCAAAAUGACGGCGGCAUGGAUGAUAUGGACAUUGACCGGAAGUAUUCUACCUCUUACCGUGUCUGGAAAGAUGAGCCUUCGGAAGCCGCUCGCAUACAAAUGAUGACAGAAGGGGAGGAUGCCCAAAUCUCUGCAGCCAGAGAGCGUCUACUGCGGCUUCUUGGGCGCGUGCAGGAUGUGGGACUUGGCGGCGAGAGGGGUCAAAAAGCUUUUGCAAGAGUCAUGAAUAAUAUGAUGACUGAAUUUAUAACGGCCACGUACACGGGCCAGUGGGAGGCACCGUCCCUCGUCACUCAGCACUUGCGAUUGUGGACGGAGAACGUCUUUGCCAGACUUGUGGUGGAAGUACUGAAUAUCUUUAGGCCAUACGACGUGGAGGGAAGAACUGAGGGUCAGUUGGAUGUUACCCUCGGUGACGUGGGAAAAUGGCAGGAAAUAGCCAUCGCUCGCCUUGGUGCACUUCGCACCAGUGAGCUUUUCGAUGUGAUUGUCGAGUGGGACUCGAGCAGUGGAGCGAUCGAAGACUUGAGGCAAUACGCAAACAACCCAGCCACAAGAUUCUCCUUGGCCUCUUCGUUUAUCGGCAUGCUUAACCAACGGCUCCUACAUCCAGGAGCCUCCACGGUCGAGAUCUUGCAGCUUUACAUUUCGAUCAUUCGGGCAUUCAAUCUCUUGGAUCCGAAAGGAGUCCUUCUGGAUAGAAUCGCCCGGCCAAUUAGGAAGUACCUAAGGGAUCGCGAAGACACUGUCAAGGUGAUCGUUAGUGGUCUCCUAGCGGAUGCGCCAGAUACGGAAGGACAAAAUACGGCAUCUAGCAGCGAUACAUUGGUCGAACUAUCUGCUGAAUUAUCCAAAGCCCAUCAACAAUCUCUCCAAGUCGACUCUGGAGAGCUGGAUUGGGAUGACAUGAACUGGAUGCCAGAUCCUAUUGAUGCAGCAGCCGACUACAAAAAGUCGAAGGGAUCAGAUGUCAUUGGAAGUCUGAUCAGCCUGUUUGAAUCCAAAGAAGCUUUUGUGAAGGAACUCCAGAAUCUCUUGUCGGAGCGCUUGCUUAAGAAGCGGGCUGAUUUCGACCAGGAGAUGUCAGUUCUGGAGUUGUUGAAAGUUCGCUUCGGGGAUGGGGCUUUGCAAGCGUGCGAGGUCAUGCUGCGAGAUGUCUUGGACUCAAAACGGGUCGACGCAGUUGUCAGGAGUGAUCAGGGCCUGAUCGGCAAACAGCCUUCCCAGGAAGCUAUGACGCCUGACCGAAGCAUGGCAGCCGCAGAGCAGGCUGAAGAAAUGCCACAGCUGCACGCAAAGAUCCUUUCACGGUUUUUCUGGCCAACACUUCAAGACCAGAACUUCAAGGUUCCGGACGAGAUUGCUUCCCUGCAGCAACGAUAUGCUGCCGGUUUCGAAUCGCUUAAACAGUCACGCAAACUCACAUGGCUCAAUGCACUUGGCCAAGUAACCGUAGAAUUGGACCUGGAAGAUCGCGUUUUUACGGACGAAGUAACUACCUGGCAAGCUACUGUGAUUUACGCGUUCCAGUCUCCAGGCGGCCAUACAGGAUCAUCUACAAGUCCGGUGACAAAGACUGUUGCCGAGUUAUCCGACCAACUGGAGAUGCCGGCGUCUCUUGUACGCAGCGCCUGCCUCUUCUGGGUGAGCAAAAGGAUCCUUGUUGAAGUCCAGCGGGAUACCUUCCGGGUCCUCGAGGUGCUCCCUAAUGAAGAAGAACGGGACGCGGCAGGCGGUGCUGAUUCCGACAUGGCUGGCAACUCUUCGACGGAGGCCAGUGCUGCGGCCGCUGCGGAUGCGGCAGCAGCAGCGGAGAGAGAGUCUGCCAACGCAGCAGCUAUGGAGAAGAUGAAUCUAUACUGGCAGUUCAUCGUCGGCAUGUUGACCAAUCAAGGUGCCAUGCCACUGCAACGAAUAGUUAUGAUGCUCAAGAUUGCCGUGCCGGGCGGGUUCCCCUACAGCAAUGAGGACUUGAGGGAGUUUCUUGCUGGAAUGGUUGCUCAAGGGAAAUUGGAGAUUGUGAGCGGAGGAAACUAUAAGCUCAUCCCGCAGCGAUGA